UUAGCAAAACAAAUCUGAGAGGGGAAGAAGAACUUUCCACUCCUCCCUAUCCUGCCCCUCAAUUCUUAAAUCCAGGAAAAAUCCCACACCUUGCACCUCAUCUCCGCCGCUGCCCAUCAGUUCGCCGGUCGCUGACGUCCUGCCACCGUCUUUCUCUCCCUGAUUUAUCAGAAAGAACCUCUGAAAUGGACGGUGGAGGAAGCCAGCAAAAAUCAGAUGCCUCAGCAACAGCAGUUUUUGAGUUACCAGGAGAGCCUGCUAUUAUAAUUAAUGGGAUGCCUGACAUUAUCCCUAGUGAAAGCACUCCUGCUUUGCAUAAGACUUCGAGCACUGUUGAAGCACCAGUGCAUUCAGGUUUAGGUGAAUGGUUGGGAAGAGAAGUUCUAAAGCUGUUUAUGGGGCGGUAUUAUUCGGGUGUAGUGCUGCAAUUUGACAAACAAACUGGAUGGUUCAGGGUUCUUUAUGAGGAUGGUGACUCUGAAGAUCUUGAUUGGCAGGAGUUGGAAGAGAUUCUCCUUUUGGACGUUACAAUUCCACUCAAAUCGUUGGCACAGAGGAUUGUUUAUCGAAAAUACAAGAAACCUAUUCAUAAGUCCGGAAAGAUUGUGUCUAAUUCACAAAAACCCUGAGGUCAAACGCACUCCCAGUAAAGGAAAGAUGACCACACUACUAUAACGGGGAGGAUCGUAGUUUGUUGAGAGGGACCGUUAAACUAUGGUUUAUUACAAGAGCAAGUUAGCUUCUAAAAAUGAAAAGCUUCCGACGGUGUUCUGUAGGAAAGAAUGUGAUCGGGGGAUUUGUCCCAGAUUUUGACGUUUUCUCUAGGUGUGUUGUACUCUAGUUAGUUGCUGAGUUGCAGCGUGUUCAGCUGCAUCAAGAAGAAAUAUUACUUUUUAGCUGUGCAUAGUUGUUCGUUGCUACAAAACCAUGAUGUUUCCAGAUUCGUUAUGUAAUGCUUUUCUACAUUUUCA